AUGAGGAUUUGGCUCCUCCUAUGGUUGGUCUUAAUACUCGCACAUACCAACCCCUUCAGCAUAGGCACGGUUUUGGUCUCGGGCCAGUGUAUUGGCGAUCAGAAAUCGCUGCUGCUGCAAUUGAAGAAUAGCCUCAACUUCUCCACUUCUUUGUCCAUGAAAUUGGUCAAAUGGAAUCAAAGCAAUGAUUCUUGGGAUGGCGUGACCUGCAAAGGUGGCCAAGUCACGGGUCUUGAUCUGAGCAACGAGUGGAUCACCGGUGGACUUGAUGAUUCAUCGAGUCUUUUCAGACUCAAUUAUCUUCAGAGGCUGAAUUUGGCUUUCAGCAGCUUCCCGUCUUUGGAGAUUCCAUCUGGCUUCGGUAAUCUCACCAACUUGGUCUACUUGAAUCUUUCAAAUGCAGGGUUCGCAGGACAGCUUCCAAUUGGAAUAUCAUGUUUGACAAGGUUGGUUACUCUUGAUGUAUCCCUGCUUUAUUUUCCUGGGCUCAAGUCACUGAAACUUGAGAAUCCCAAUCUAAGGAUGCUUCUUGGGAAUCUUAGCGAGCUGAGAGAGUUGUACCUUGACGGAGUGAACGUCUCUGCUACAGGCAAUGAAUUGUGCAAUGCCUUGUCUUUGUCACUGCCGAAACUUCAAGUGUUGAGCAUGAUGAAUUGUUAUUUAUCAGGUCCCAUUGAGUCUUGCUCUUCCCUUGUGCAUCUUCGCUUUCUCUCAGGAGAAUUUCCUCAAAAAAUCUUCCGGGUACAAACUCUUCAGACCCUUGACCUAUCAUUCAAUGAACUCCUUCAGGGUUCUUUACCAGAAUUUCGGGAGAAUGGUUCUCUUCAGACACUGGUUCUUAGUUUCACGCAUAUUACUGGGAGGCUCCCAUAUUCAAUUGGUAAUCUCAGGUAUCUGUCAAGAAUAGAAUUGGUGAAUUGCAGCUUUCAUAGAAAUAUCCCAACCUCUUUCAUCAAUCUCUUGCAACUAGACUAUUUGGACUUCUCAUUCAACAAUUUUACUGGUUCAAUUCCAUCUCUCAGUAAGUCCAAGAAUCUGACACAAAUCAAUUUGUCCCACAAUAACCUAACUGGUCAGAUUAAUUCAACCCAAUGGGAAUCCCUCUUGAGUCUUCUUGUUCUUGACCUGCGAUUCAAUUUGCUUGAAGGAAAUAUUCCUUCAUCUCUGUUCACACUUCCAUCGAUUCAGAAGCUUCAACUUUCCAACAACCAAUUUUCUGGUGAAGUGAAGGCAUUUUUUAAUGGUAAAUCGGACAACCUGGAUACACUUGAUUUGAGCAACAACAAUAUAGGAGGAGAACUGCCGAUGUCUAUAUGGGAACUCCAAGGGCUCAAGUACCUCUCACUUUCUUCCAAUAAUUUCAGUGGCUCGUUCCAUAUUGAUAUGGUUCACCAGCUGAAAAAUCUUUCUCAUUUGGAUCUUUCUUACAAUCGUUUUUCCGUUAAUACCACAAAUACUACUACCCAGGCAUCUUCAUUCCAUGAUCUUACAACUAUGAAGUUAGCUUCUUGCCAGUUGAGGACUUUACCAGAGUUCGUGGCUGAGCAACACAGAUUGACAAAUCUAGACCUCUCUGACAAUCAAAUUCAGGGAAAGAUACCGAAAUGGAUAUGGGAGCUUCAAAAUCUGCUGUAUCUCAAUGUGUCGUCUAAUUUACUAGACGAUAUUGAAAUACCGUCACGUAUUCUUACUUCUAGUCUGUCUGUUCUUGACCUCCAUAAGAACAGGCUCCGUGGGCAAGUGUUGCCCUUGCCACCAUUUGCCACACACUUGGACUUCUCGAGUAACAACUUCACUUCAUUCAUUCCAUCUGCUAUUGGAACGAACCUUUCUGUGGCAAUAUUCUUCUCCCUGUCCCAUAACAGUUUCCAGGGGUUUAUCCCGAAAUCAAUUUGCGAAGCUGAAUAUCUCGAGGUGCUCGACCUAUCUCAUAAUAAUUUGACGGGAAAUAUUCCUGAUUGCUUAGUGAUGGAGUCUCUCAAGGUAUUAAAUCUGCGAAAUAAUGCCUUGGAUGGUAGCAUUUUCAAUUUCCCUGUAACAUGUGGUUUGAAGACUUUGGAUCUCAGCAGUAAUCUAUUACAAGGGAAGUUCCCAGAGUCGUUGGCAAAUUGCACAACUCUGGAGGUUUUAGACGUGGGAAACAACCAGAUUGAUGACGUGUUUCCAUGUCAAUUGAAGAACAUUUCAAGUUUACGUGUCCUUGUUUUACGAUCCAACAAGUUCCAUGGAGGGGUUGGAUGUCCAGAGCCUAAUGGCACUUGGAAGAUGCUUCAAAUUGUGGACGUAUCUUCCAACAAUUUCAGUGGCACUCUGCCUGCUCAAUACCUCAGAACUUGGGAGGCUAUGAAGGCUGAUCCAGACUUCAACUAUAUCCAAUAUCCAUUCCUUCGCGCUUCUGGACUCUAUUAUCAGGACACGGGAAGCGUCACCAUCAAAGGUCUGCAAGUGGAGCUGGUGAAGAUCUUGACUCUUUUCACUUCAAUCGACUUCUCAUGCAACAAUUUAGAAGGUCCAAUACCUGAUACUCUGGGGGAUCUCAAAGCGCUUCAUGUCCUCAACUUAUCAAGGAAUGCAUUUUCCGGGUCAAUUCCUUCAUUCCUAGGACACUUGCAACAGCUCGAGUCCUUGGACCUUUCACGGAACGACCUCAAUGGGACGAUUCCCACACAGCUUUCAGACCUUAAUUUUCUUUCCUUCCUGAGCCUCUCAUACAAUAAACUUGUGGGAAGCAUCCCAGCAGUCAAACAAUUUCUCACAUUUUCAGCAAGUUCCUUCGAAGGCAAUAGCGGUUUGUGUGGACCACCGCUGGAAACAAGUUGCUCAAGUUCUUUUGGAGGUAACCUUGGAUCGUGCGAGAAUCCGCGCGAGAAAACUUGGUCAAUUGCCAUGAAUGGGACGGAAGAAGCGGGUUGUGUUCCUACUCAAAGCAACACAGAUGACGACGGCAGCAAUGAUGAUAGCGGGAAGAUGUGGUUUUACAUGGGCAUACCGCUUGGAUUCGUGGUUGGCUUCUGGGUAUUUUGUGGUCCAUUAGCGUUUAUCAGAUCGUGGAGGUUUGCUUACUAUCGAUUCUGGGAUAAAGUGCUGUUCAAACAUUCACGUCCAUGAAGAUUUCCCCCGGGGUUCAGUUAUUAAACUUGAAAAAGAGUAUUUCCUUUUGUUCUUCUCUUCAUAAUUCUCCAUCACCUUUAAAAAGACUUCUGUUUAUUGAUCUGCAUCUAGAGUAUUUACACUUUAGUUGCUUGUGCAA